GAACAAGGAAUGAUGGCGGAUCGCUUAAGCCUUCACGCAUUCCAUGGAAUCCGUCAUUACUCUUUCGUUUCCAAGACCCAUGCACCGCAAGCUCCCGCCAUUAGCGCACCUCACCCUCCGCUGCUCCUCCUCCUCCUCCUCCGCUGCCUCCGCUUCCUCGCCACCACCUCGCCGCCUUCCUCCUCCUGUGCCUCUCCGCGAACUCCUCGCCCACCGCCUCCUGCCUCCUCGUUCGCCCUCGCCCUCGCCCUCGCCUUCGCCGCAACCUCACGUCGACCUCCUCCUGCUCCGCCGCCGCGGCGACGCCUCCCCGGAGAACUUCCACGUAGAGCUCUUCAGGCGUGGGCUCAACCAUGACCUCUUCCUCUCCAACCAUCUCAUCAACUCAUACGCCAAGGGCUUGCGCCUGGCCGCCGCGCGCCGGGUGUUCGACGAAAUGCCUGAGCGGAACGCCGUCUCCUGGACCUGCCUCAUCUCCGGGUAUGUGCUGUCCGGGCUCGCCGACGAGGCGUUACGGGUGUUCCGCGCCAUGCUGCGGGAGGAGGCGCCCGGGUGCAGGCCCACGUCCUUCACCUUCGGAACCGUGCUCCGGGCGUGCCAGGACACGGGGCCCGACAGGCUUGGCUUCGCGACGCAGGUCCAUGGGUUGGUGUCAAAGAUGGUGUAUGCGUCGAACACCACGGUAUGCAAUGCCAUGAUCUCUAUGUAUGGUAGCUGCUCUGUUGGUCCACCGCUCCUGGCGCAGCUAGUGUUCGAUGCCACGCCGGUCAAGGACUUGAUCACGUGGAACGCCUUGAUGUCUGUGUAUGCUAAGAAAGGGGAUGUGAUUUCAACGUUUACACUGUUCAUGUAUAUGCAGCGAGAUGAAUCAGGGUUUGGGCUGCGGCCGACCGAACAUACCUUCGGCAGUUUGAUCAUUGCGACGUAUCUGUUGUCGUGCAGCUCGGGUGUGCUUGAACAAGUGUUUGCAAGGGUGCUCAAGUCUGGUUGUUCUAGUGACCUCUAUGUCGGCAGUGCUCUGGUUAGUGCUUUCGCCAGACAUGGCUUGCUUGAUGAAGCUAAGGACAUUUUUCUCAGUUUGAAAGAGAGAAAUGCAGUUACCUUGAAUGGUUUGAUAGUUGGGUUGGUCAAGCAGCACUGUGGUGAAGAAGCGGUAGAGAUUUUCGUGGGGACAAGGGGUUCUGUUGAUGUCAAUACAGACACAUAUGUUGUGCUGCUCAGUGCGAUAGCUGAAUUCUCUGUAUCCGAAGAACGGCUGAGGAAAGGUAGGGAAGUCCAUGGACAUAUGCUUAGGACUGGACUUACUGAUCUGAAAAUUGCUAUUAGUAAUGGUUUGGUUAAUAUGUACGGCAAAUGUGGUGCCAUUGAUAGGGCCUCUAGAGUUUUUCAGCUAAUGGAAGCGAGGGAUAGGAUUUCAUGGAACACCAUCAUCUCGGCUCUUGAUCAGAACUGUAAUUGUGAAGAAGCAAUAAUGCAUUACUAUCUGAUGAGACAGGGUUGUAUAAGCCCGUCAAAAUUUGCAACAAUCAGUGGUUUGAGUUCCUGUGCAGGUUUGAGACUUUUAGCUACAGGCCAGCAAGUGCAUUGUGAUGCUAUUAAAUGGGGGCUAGAUUUAGAUACUUCCGUUUCAAAUGCACUGGUUAAAAUAUAUGGAGAAUGUGGAGCUAUGUCAGAGUGCUGGAAGGUUUUCGGCUCUAUGACUGAACAUGAUGAAGUUUCUUGGAACUCUAUGAUGAGGGUCAUGGCCAGUUCACAAGCUCCUACUUCUGAAACUGUGGAAGUUUUCUCCAAUAUGAUGAGGAGUGGUUUGACCCCAAAUAAAGUAACAUUUGUAAACUUACUGGCUGCUUUGUCUCCAUUGUCUGUUCUUGAAUUGGGGAAGCAGGUUCAUGCGAUGGUGCUGAAGCAUGGAGUUACAGAAGAUAAUGCAGUAGAUAAUGCACUCAUAUCAUGCUAUGCAAAAUCAGGAGACAUGGAUUCCUGUGAGCAUUUGUUUUCUAAAAUGUCUGGCAGAAGGGAUGCUGUCUCAUGGAAUUCUAUGAUUUCAGGGUACAUUUACAAUGACCAUCUACAGGAGGCUAUGGACUGUGUUUGGCUUAUGGUACAGAGUGACCAAAUGAUGGAUUGCUGCACUUUCUCCAUAAUACUAAACGCAUGUGCCUCUGUGGCAGCAUUGGAGCGUGGAAUGGAGAUGCAUGCUUUUGGUAUUAGGUCACACUUGGAAUCUGAUGUUGUGGUUGAGAGCGCUCUUGUUGAUAUGUACUCCAAGUGCGGAAGGGUGGAUUAUGCUUCAAAGGUUUUCAAUUCUAUGACUCAGAGAAAUGAGUUCUCAUGGAAUUCUAUGAUUUCUGGUUAUGCAAGACAUGGUCUUGGAAGGAAAGCCCUUGAAAUAUUUGAGGAAAUGCAGUGCAGCACAGAAAGUCCAGACCAUGUUACCUAUGUCAGUGUGCUAUCUGCCUGUAGUCAUGCUGGAUUGGUGGAAAGAGGUUUAGAGUAUUUUGAAAUGAUGGGGGAUCGUGGUAUACUACAUCAGAUUGAACAUUAUUCUUGUGUUAUAGACCUUCUCGGUCGAGCUGGCAAGCUUGACAAGAUAAAAGAGUACAUACAAAGAAUGCCAAUGAAACCAAAUGCUCUCAUAUGGAGGACUGUUUUAGUUGCUUGUCGACAAUCAAAAGACGGGGCUAAGAUUGAUCUGGGGAGAGAAGCUUCAAGGAUGCUUUUGGAAAUAGAGCCUCAAAAUCCUGUAAACUAUGUUCUUGCAUCUAACUUUCAUGCAGCUACAGGAAUGUGGGAAGAUACAGCCAAAGCCCGAGAUGCAAUGAGACAAGCGGCAGUGAAAAAAGAGGCUGGUCGCAGUUGGGUAACACUAGGUGAUGGAGUUCAUACUUUUAUUGCUGGAGAUAGAUCCCAUCCAAACACCAAAGAAAUAUAUGAAAAGCUGAAUUUUUUGAUACACAAUAUAAGGAAUGCUGGUUAUGUUCCCCUGACAGAGUAUGCCUUGCAUGAUCUCGAAGAAGAAAACAAAGAGGAGUUGUUGAGCUAUCAUAGUGAAAAGCUUGCUGUUGCCUUUGUUUUGACACGUUCCUCCUCAGGUGGCCCUAUAAGAAUCAUGAAGAACCUUCGGGUUUGCGGAGAUUGUCACACAGCCUUUAGAUACAUUUCUCAGGUUGUUGGCCGGCAAAUCAUUUUAAGGGAUUCUAUCCGAUUUCAUCAUUUCAAGGAUGGGAAGUGUUCUUGUGGGGAUUACUGGUAACUCCUUUGUAACAGUUCUUAACUUCUCAGGUCAUAGUACCACAUUACCAGACUCGUAUGGAGCUUUAGAGAUAUUUAGAAAUCAUGGGCCGGAAGCCUAGAACUUCUGCUGAUUUAUAGCCGUUAUCUUUUCAUGACAGUCCAUGGAUAGCGCACUCUACAUAAGUUAACAUAAUAUUUGUGAUACAUCCAUAAUCUGACCGAAUAACUACUUUUGUUCCUUAAAUACUGUAUGAGCAAGUGCAGUAUGCAUUAAUUUUACUCCCAAGACACCACUUUGUAUGCCUGAUAUUGUGAUGUGCAUAUACUGGUUCAUUUCCUUAAAUGUUCAUCUAGCUUAGUAAUGCACAGCAGACUCAUGUGAGUUUGAACUCAAGCUACAUGAGCUGUUUUUUAGCUAAAAAUCUUAUUCUGUGAUUGGCAUCUUGUAAUUGUACAUUAGAGUAGUAAACCUUUUUAGCAUGGACUGUAACUCAGUAAAUCGUAAUGGAACCACCAUGUUGUCCUUGUCCAUGAGCAAAUUCAGAUAGAUAAGCAAAGAAGAAACUGGAAAUUGACUUUUUAUGUUCAUCAUAAUUCACUGGACAGCACAAAUGAAACCAAGUUGUAAGUUAGAACAGCGUGCAAGAUUGAUUUUUCUAUAUGCCAGAUCAAGUAAGGUACAUUAUACUUAAAAGACUUAUACAGAACAAUAACACCAAAUGUCUGCCAUCAGUCCAAGUCAACAAUUCCAAAAUUGGAGAGAAGGAUCUUCAUUUGCUGAACAAAAUCUGAGCCUGUCGCAUACUCUGUUAGCAUCCCUACUGCAAACCCAAACAUAGCCCAUCUGCAAGAAUUUUAACAGUCUGAAUCAUCACAUCGGAACAUGCAAUCUUAACGUAUCCAACAACUUGCUGAAUCAUAAGUCUACUAAUCCUACAUUUUUAGCAUGCUUGUUGUAGGUUGUAGUUAUCUGGAGCCUCAUGAGUUAUUUAGUAACUACAUAAAGGGAAAAUGAAUAUGAUAGUUUGCAGUAACUUCACUGGGUCAUUGUUCCUGCUGAGUAAGAAACAUCUCAGUUACCAUCUAAACAAACUAGGAACUAAGCAAUCCCAGCUGCACUAUUUAUUUGAUUUAUUGACUGCUUAAGGAGCAUGCUAUUUGUGACAACCUUAUGCCAUGAUCAUUCUGCUCACCAGUACGCAGUUUAGUUUAGUCAGUUUAAGAAAAAAUCCUAGUUAGAAAAUUAAAAGAAUCUGAUCUUAAUAUUUUUUUUUCCAACCAUACUUCAUAAAAAACUUAUGGUUCUCAAUUUUGAUUCAUCUUGCAGGGGCAAACGUACCUUCCAUUGGAAAUCUCAUUCUUUGGCAAGAACCCAAAGAAGGGCCCCUGGUCAGCCUCCUCCAGCUUCUUCUGCUUGAAGUAGUCCUGCAGCUCCUUGGCCACCUUCCUCUGGUACUCCAGUGUCACAGCCCCAGCCACCGGCUUCUGCACAGCUGCCGAAGCUGCGGCCUCCACCGGCUUCGGCUCAGGAGGCGGCGACGAUGACAACGACGUCGGAGCAGUCGGCUUCACCGGGGUCGGGGGCUGCGACAGGGUGGGAGGUGUGGACAGAGCCGGCGUCUUGGGAGGCAUCGGCGGCGGCGGCGACAGCGGAGGCGCUGCGGGUCUCCGGAUGGGCCCCUCCGCCUUGGAGCUCCUGAUCACCGCGAACGACCUGCAUGCACGGUGUGGAGGCGAGACU